CUUCGGUUGUGUCUCUGUCUUUUUAUCCGUCCAGUUCUUUCUUUCAAUAAAAUAAUAAGAUGGGAAAGAAAGACGGCAAAGUGUCCGUGCAAGGCCCUUUUCGUAGAAUAAACAUUUAUGUGGCAAUAUUUCUUAUAACUUUUCUUCUUAUUCUAUCCUAUAUUUCCAAUCCUUAUGACCAAAUACUAGGUAAUGAAAUCAUAGAUAAUGAAGCAGACAAAACAACAGGAGAACCAGGAAAUUAUAAUAUAUUAUUUGCGAUUACCUCUACAGUUGGCGCUAUACGUCAAAGGAGUUUAUUAAGGGAAGCACUUUUUGGUAUAAAGAAUAACUUGGAACCAUGUAUGUUCCAAGAUGGUAACGUUUAUUAUAAGUUCUUAAUUGAACCAUAUAAAAGUGUAGAAAGAGGCAAGUUAAGAGACUUUACUGCAGAAGUUGUUGAAUACGAUGAUAUUAAGGAAUUUCCAAAUCUCAGCGAUCAAAAAUUUCAAGAAAACAUUCUCCAAUGGGCACAAGAUCUCGGAGCUAAUAAAGAUAUUAAUUAUAAUUAUCUUGUAAUUAUUAAUGACAAGGCUCUUGUUAAUCUUAAAAAACUUCAACAAGUUUUGGAAGAGUCCAUUAACGGAAAUGUAUUGACGCAAACUCAAAAACGUAGACUUGUGUGGGGUUCAUUCAUGACGGAAGAUGCUGAUGAUAUGGCCAUCAUUCUUGGCCGUGAUGCUAUUGCUCCCAUUCUCAAUUCAAAAAAUAGCAUUAAAAUCGUUAACUCAAACUUCACAAAUCCGAUUACACGAGCUUUCCAAUAUUACCAAGAAUAUCCUAAUGAGGCCGAUUUAUAUCUUGUGAAUGAUGAAAUCGGAAUUGUCGAAUUUCCAAAUGCCGUAGAGAAUGUUUCCAUUGAAAAAACUAUAGCUGUUGGUCGUGUAUACCUAGAAGAUGAUAUGAGGGAUUUAGUUGAACAUCUUUCAAUUCCCAAAACUUUGAUUUGUCAUCCUCGAAAUGACCCAAAUAAAUUAAAUAUUGCUGUUAUCACUAGCAGUUUCGUUUAUGAUAAUCUUUGUAUGCUCCCCGCAGCUCGUAUAACAGGUGAUAACAAACGUGGUUAUGCUCAAAGAAAUGGAUACUCUUUUGUAGGAAGAUCCGCUGAAUUUACUCAACAAGUUAGUAAAAAACGUAAAACUGUGUGGGGCAAGUUUGAUGCUAUUGAAAAAGUUCUUCCGCAUUAUGACUGGGUAUUCUGGCUCGAUAUGGAUACCGUAAUAAUGAAUUAUAAUGUAACUGUAGAAGGUCUUUUUGAAAAAUUUGCUGAAAUAGUUGGUGGGUGGGAAGAAUUUGAAAAGAAGCACUUAAUUGUUGCGAGACCAGUUCACGAUGUGAUGAUUAAUGCUGGAGUGUUUAUGAUGAGAAAUUCUCAAUGGAGUCGAGAUUUUUUGAGAAUUGCACAAAAUAGAAGAGAUCUUUAUUUGGGCCAUAUGUAUGAACAACAUGCCAUGUGGGACCUUAUAAGAGAACCAGAUUGGGCACCUGGAACUUUAUGGCUAGACCAAGAUGAUCGUACUUUUAAUACUUUCCCAUCUCGAUAUAUACAUGGUGAUUUCGUUGUACAUUAUGCUCCCGAUGGUUGCCCUGCAAAACCGAUCAUUGAUGCUAUAGGUAAAAUGAAAUUAUUGGAAAUAGAUCCUGAGACGAAAAUAACACUUGACCAUAAGAUGGACCAUUAAAGCCGUAAUAUUUUAAUGAAACUUGCGUCGAGCGACACAAAAUUUUAAGUAGAAACAACGCAAGUAUUUCAUUUUCAAUCUGAUUAGCAAAAGAUUUACUGUAACAAUAAAAAUAUAUAGAUAUUUUUGUUUAUUUUUAAACUUAUAAUUUCAAAAAAAUAAUACAAUUAAUUGAAUAAAAUUUUAUUAUGUAAAAUAAAAAUUGAUCGGUGAUUGAAUUAGCUACAUCAGAACGCGAUGAACCAGAGUAUAUCAAAAUGAGUCAUUACUUCUAAUAUAUUUCAUAGCUGAUGAUGUAAUCUUGCAUAUAAUUUACGUUGUACCUUAUUAUGUUUCAAUAUAUCAUAUAUGACGCAGCAAAAAAAAAAUUGACGAAGCCCGCGUAUUAUCAUUUAUCAGUACUACGAGUUCUUACUACGAUAUUUAUGGGUAUU